AUGACAACCUCACCGGCAAAUGGCGAUGUCGAGAAGCAGGACAUCGCACUGGGUGCUAAGGUGGAGGAUGAAUCACAUCAUCACUUCCCCAAUCCACUCCACGGCCAUCAUCUUCACGGACAUGCUGGAGUACACAUGCGAGAGCGACUUCGGCAUUUCCUUCACCCCAACGGAAAGCGCGUCCACGUCGCUGCCUCGCCUGAAGAAGCAGUAAAUCUCCGCCAACGACUUGCGUCAAUUCACAGCGAUGACGAAUUCGACAUCUAUGUCUCAGGCACGCCAGAGCAUCUUGACGCGCUUCGAGAAGCUCAGAAUCACCACGAAGAUGCUCGCGAUAAGCUUCGUCAAGAGCAUCCCGAGCUGUUUGAUAGAUUCGAAAAAGUGCACAGUGAGCUCGACGCACUCGCACUGGAGCUGGACCGUGUCACAUCGCAUGGUGUGAGCCUCGAUGCGCAUUUCAGCAGAUUUGGGUACAAUGCGCACGUCAGGAGUUAUGACGACGACAGUCCGGGCCAGUCUGGAGCCAACACGCCGGGCUCUUCGCUAUCAGGCAGCACGCAGUACGAGCGCGGGUUUGCUAGGCCGCUGAAGCUGUUUAAGCAGCCCACUCUCAGACAGUACUUUCACAAAGGCAUCCUCUGGCGCGCCUCAGGGUCGGAAGAAGUACAAAGUUUCGAGCUCUUCGUAGAUCUGCUCUACGUCGGUAUCCUACAAAUCAUCGGCGAACACGCCGCAGAACAUCCGGACGGCCUCAACCUCUUGUACUUCGUAAUCACCUUCACCCUGGCUUGGAAGAUCUGGAAUGACAACACUCUCCUCGUCAGCUGGUUCGAGGCAGAUGACGUCUUGCAGCGAGUCUCAAUCCUGUUCCUCAUCGCCUGUCUCUUUGGAUACACGACCAAUACGACAGAAGCAUUCAUACAUACAUAUCCGACUUUGAUUGGCUUCUACCUGGCCGCAAGAUUCUUCAUGGCAUGCUACCUACUGAUGGUCGCAUACUUCAUUAAGAUGAUUCGAGCUGUCGCAAUCUACCACGUUUUCAUCACCUUGGUCGGCGGCGCGCUUUGGAUAGGUUCAUGCCACGUGGAAUGGCCGGGACAAUUGGCCCUCAUCUGGGUCGCUCUGUUCGUUGAUGUCGUGGGUCCCAUCGGCGUCAUCAGUGUCGGAAUGCUGUUGAGCAGCGUGAGCAAAGGCGCAAAAGCUUGGUAUGACAGAGUCUUCGAAUUCAUUCCGGCGAUCAACAUUGAACAUCGUGUGGAACGUACAAACGCUUUUGUGUCGCUUGUGUUCGGCUUUAGUGUGGUCGCCUUGCUUUACCAGAGUGCUCAUGAUGGGAUAGAUGCAUACUUCGGCAAAGCCAUCAUGGGCUUGAUCCAGAUCUUCUGCUUCAACUGGAUGUACUUCGAGAUCGACUCCUCGAACCUUAUGAUGCACGCCAUCCGACGACACAAGCUGAGCUCCCUGGUCUGGAGCUUUGCGCACUUGCCCUUCAUCCUCGCCUUUGUUCUAGGUGGAGGCGGACUGGCUAAGCUGGUCAUUGCAUAUGACACGGAACACUCGCAUCUAGACUGGUUGACAGAACGAUACCGAGCAACAGCUGAAGAACAACAUCUAGACCACAUCUCCGAGGGUCUGAGAUGGUACUACUGCGGCGGUUUCGGUAUCGCGUUGUUGUGCAUGGCUCUCAUCUCCAUUAGCCACGUCCACCGUGAGCACGAAGGGAUCCGACUCCUCAAAAAGAAGCGCCUCCUGAUCCGAAUCAUUGUCGCCAUCAUCUUGAUCUGCCUUCCUCUAGCAGAUCACCUCAACUCUAUCGAGUUGGUUGGCACCGUCACUGGACUCAUCGUGUUCCUACUAGUGACUGAGUUGGGUGCGACAAGUGAUGCGAAGGCUUCGCUGUGCGGACGAAGUAAGCCGUGUAGGUAUACGGGGCGGUGCUCGAAGGGACAGUUGCUAGAGAUGAUGAAGAAUGGGAAAGAGAUUGAUCCUGCAGAGUUGGCGCCAAGGAAUAAGGAGAAGUAUGAGGGGCAGACGGUGCUUCCUUGA